UCAUCUUUCACAUUUAAAACGCACAACCACCACCACCACAUUCGAUUCGAUUGUCAAAUUGUCAAUUUGUCACAGUGACAGUAUUGUCCUGUCGCUCCACUCUGAAUUUGCUGCAGCUGUUAUUAUUAAGCACGCACGCGCGACUUCAAAUCUUCUGCGAUUAUCUUCAUAUGAUAAGAUAGUAGAGCAGAAACUUGAAGCUUGAGGGGAGAGGCGGCGAUUUUCCAAUGGAGUCCACAUUGUCCGCAGCGACGCCGACAACGGCAGCUCUCCUCGCCGUCUCCAAAUCCCUCAACCGCCGACCGGAAAGGAGGACCUUUCUCAGUCAACGCCUCCCGAGUUGUCUUCUUGCUCGCAGGCACCUCACUUCGGUUCACACCAACUACUACGGCUUUCAGGCCCCUAAACAUGAUCCUUUCUCUUCCUCGUCUCUGAGGAGUCUCUGCGUCGUUCGCCCGCUCUUACGGCGCCGUUUAGAGUGCGUUGGUGGCGGCGCUGCUUCUUUUGCCUCUGGUGGUGGAAAUGGUGGCCUUGGUGGAGAGAGUGGCGGCAGCGGCGGUGACGGCGAGGGAGGUUCGGGCGGCGGCGAUGCCGAGUCCAAGGUUGCUGCUGCUGGAGGCGAUGAGGUUUCGGCGCUCUCCACUGAUGUCAUUGUUCUCGAUGUUGGAGGAAUGACAUGUGGAGGAUGUGCAGCCAGUGUGAAGCGAAUUCUAGAAAAUCAACCACAGGUAUCGUCUGCGACUGUAAAUCUCACAACAGAGACGGCAAUUGUGUGUCCUGUGUCCAAAGCGAAGGCUACACCAAACUGGCAAAAGCAGUUAGGAGAGACACUUGCAAACCAAUUGACCAGUUGCGGUUUCAAGUCUAACCUUCGUGUGGCAGGUCAGGGAGCUACGGAAGGAGAUAUAUCACCAUAGAAGUGCGAAAGAUUUCUUGUCAGGCUGAACCAUAAUAGUUUAUGAUGUAACAAAAGAGGAUUGAAAAUCAUUACUGAUUCACAACUACUUGCUUCCUUAGUCUCAACCAGCAGCUCAUUGUGAUGGAUAAGUUUGCGGAGCAUUUCUGUUAUGGAGCACUCAUUUGUUUUUGAGAUUUUAUAUAUGCUUUGAUGUAAGCAUUCUUCCAAACCAAGAAAUAAAUUACUCCCUAUUUGAUUGGCCUGGUA